AUGAGAUUUAGCCUGAACAUCUCCUCUUCAACCAUUCAAGAAAGAAGUAUCUGUGAAGAUCUGUGCAUUAUCUUCUUUAUUUUUUGCAACUCGGACUUUCUGAUUCUGGCAGCAAACCAUAAACAUCUGAAAUGCUAAGACCUUUUGAUAUGAAAAGGACUGCUCUGGAACUUCCUAAGGACACAAUGAGUUCACCUGAAGCAACUGAAAAUUUUAAAAUGUUAUUUCACUACCAGCAUUCAUUUAUAAUUUCAAAGAUGAUAUUUACUGCCAGUCAGUUGGGCAUCUUCGAUCUGCUGAGAGAGUCAGGGGAACUGCUGUCCUCUGCAACUGUGGCCGAGUGCUUGAAGACCAGUCUCAUUGGGAUGCAGAUGCUGCUGGAGGCCUGUGUGGACUUAAAGGUCCUGAAAGUGGAAUCGAAGGAUGGCAAAGAUCUUUAUGGAAAUACAGAGUUUGCCAAUCUCUUUCUGGCUAAAUCAAGCCCAAAGUCUCAGUAUUAUACCAUGAAAUUUCUUUCAGAUACCAUAUAUGGAUCACUGCAAUACUUGCCUGAAGCUGUAAGGGAUGGGAAAUCUCAGAUUCUAUCAAUAUAUGGCAUUUCUUCAAAGGAAUUGUAUGAAGUGCUGUACAGAUCACAGGAAGACCUUGAAAACUUUUUCAAGUACAUGGAUGAAGCUUGGAAUCUGUAUGGAGAAGAAGUGGUCUCUGCCUUUGAUCUUUCUGGUUUUCAGCUCAUUUGUGAUCUGGGUGGAAGUAGCGGUGGCUUAGCUAAACAAUUGAUUUCAAAAUACCCAAAUUAUACUGUGACACUUUUUGACCUUCCUGAAGUUGUGGAAUUAUCUAAAAAAUAUAACGCAUUUUCAGAUGACUCCCAGAUCACUUUCCAUGAAGGAAAUUUUUUUAAAGAUCCAAUUCCUGAAGCAGAUCUUUACAUCUUAUCAAGAGUCUUGAUUAACUGGAAUGAUGAAAAGUGUAUCCAGCUACUUACAAAAAUAUUUACAGCCUGUAAACCAGGUGGUGGAGUCUUAGUAGUGGAUCCAAUUAUUGAUGAAAAAAUAUCUGAGUCGCUUCCUGGUCAUAUGUAUCGCAUCAUAUUGUUGAUUAUGUCUGAAGGAAAAGCACGGAAAGAAUCAGAGCAUCGAAUACUCUUCCAAAUCGCUGGCUUUAAAGAUAUUCAGUUCAAGAAAGGAAAUAUGUUUGAUGUCAUUUUGGGCAGAAAAUAAUAC